GCGAGCGAGAGAGAGAGAGAGAGAGAGAGAGAGAGAGAGGGAAGGAAGCCAUAACCACACCCGACUGCUUCCUGCCGCGCCGCCCAAAUCCGUGCUCCCUCCUUCUGCAAUCAGCUCGGCGGCUGUCGAUCGGCCAUGCGGAUUCGGAAAUGCGCCUCCCAGCUGUUGGGCACGCGGCGCGCCGGCUCUCCUUCUCGACUCACUGCCGGGCUCAACUCCUCGCCGCCGCCCCGGACGUUGUCGUGGGACUCCGAGGCGUCUUCUUCCUCCGCCGCCGCGGGCCUCCUCUGCGAGUUGAACCGGUCCCCAUGGGAUGAUCCGAUGUGCCUCGAGCUCAUAGCUGCGUGUGAUCCGGAAGAAGAGGAGGACGACGGGGGCAUUCUGGGAAAUGGCGUGAAAGCUGAAGUGGGCGAGCCGAGGGGCAAUCCUGGAAAUCGAAUCAAAUAUGAUGCCGCUGCAGUAUCCUGCGUUCUCAAGAGGGAAGCAAGCAUGAAGUGGUCGGGGGAUAAGGUAGAAGAGAAAGCACGGAAGAAGGACGGGGCAAAGAUGACGAAGAAGAAGAAGAAAGGCAAUGUCCUCCAAACAAAAGGCGGAGUUGCGGCUACGGAGGCCUCUCUGAGCUGCAAGAAGAGCGACGGCAAAGGUUGGCACUGUAAGCGGCCGGCGCACCGCCCGCACUCGCUAUGCAAUUACCAUCUCACCCAGCUCCGCUCCUACACCUGCAGCCCCGGUCAUGGCAAGGCUGCGGAAUCACCACCCAGCGAAUGCCAAGGCGGCGUGAGCCGUAGACAGAAGAAGACCAACACGGCUGGAGCCGAUUCCAACAUGUACUAUUACUAUUCAGGCUUCGGCCCUUGGCGAGCAAAGACGAGAAGUCGUCAGGCUACCGAUGAUGAUGAUGAUGAAGAAGAAGAAGAACAAGAAGACGGGAAGGAGAUUUUGAAAUCCGGCAACGGGUGCGAUGCGGACGCCCCCGCAAUGGCUGGCGAGAACGAGGAGAACAGUGACGAAGACAAGGGUGACAACAGCGGGAGGGAUAGGGAGGGGAGCAAGAGGAGCCACAGGAAGAGAGGGAGGAAGAGGAUGAAGGCUCGGUCUCUCAAGUCCUUACUUUGAUAUGUAUCUUUUGGUUGCUGUUGUCGUAAUGUGUUUGCUAAACACGGAUAUUGCAUGGUUUGCACGUCUAAGAAUUGCCAUUUUGUUUGGUCGUGUUGCAUGGGCCGGGCUUGGGUCUGGUUCGGC